AUGACUCAAGUGGAAGAGCAUUUGCAGUUGGCCCCUGGUUCAAUUCCAAGCAUCUUCAGUUACAAGGAUCAGAUACUGAAUUUCCCCGACGUAACACGUGGCAUAAGUCGGGAGAAUGCCACUGCAUGGUUCCAGGUUGUGGCCACCAUAUGGGGGCUCUCACCUGAAUCCACACAGAAGGUGUUGGAUAAAUAUCUGGGAGACACGAAAGAUCCUAUCAAAAUACGAGAUGGCUUCCAGGAGUUGAUGGGAGAUUCCGUCUUUUUGGUUUCUUCUAUUCAAACAGCUAGAAGUUAUAGAGAUGCUGGCGCGCCUGUCUACUUUUAUGAAUUCCAGCACCCGCUCAACAUGGCCAACAACACCAGGCCAGAUUUUGUGAAGGCAGACCAUGGUGAUGAAAUCCCUUUUGUCUUCGGAGUGCCAUUCUUAAAUGGCCCGGAACUCUUCAUAAGCGAUGAUGCAGAGGCUGAGAAACAGCUUAGCAGGACAAUGAUGAAAUACUGGGCCAACUUUGCUCGCACAGGAAAUCCAAAUGGCAGAGGUUUGGUGGAGUGGCCACGCUAUGACCGGAACGAAGGGUACCUGGAACUGAACCUGCAGCAACGGAAAGCGGAGAAACUGAAAAAGAAGCUGGUUGACUUCUGGUUCGAGAUCUUACAUGGUAGAAAGAAGAAAACUGGGAAAGAACAGGAAACACAUUCGGAUCUUUAACUGGCAAUGUUAUUUGGUGGUGUUUUUUUUUUCUGUUGUCUUGCACCACCAAGUUCUUACAAAUGGUUCCUAAAAACUGUAAUUUCCAAAGCUUUUUAGCCACGAAAGGCUAAAAAGUAAUCCAAGGCUUUGACUGCUAUCAGCUGGCGUAUAUAUCAAAAAGCAAAUUUCAGGUGAUUCUUAUCAGCAUGUAGGAAAUGCUAUGAAGCAUUUCACCUUCAGGGUGUGGGUUUGCUGUCAAAUGCUGUCAGUGAAGUUUAAGAAUUGAAAUCAGGGCUGCUAUUUUUAGUCAAUUAAUGGGUUAGGUGGCUUGGCAGGAUGCCUGGAAUUAAAUGAACAGCAUAGGUUAACAUUUUAAAAACUGUUUUAAACAGGAAUGCUAGAAGAUGUCUUCUUCUCACUUGUCUUGAAGACCCCUUGCUGGGGCCGCCGUGAGGUGCCUGUGACUUGAUGGCACUUUAUACGGACACAGGAGUUGUCUCAGAACUCAAUCAGAAAAAAACUGAUUUUGGAUUGUCUAGCUCUCAGCUUUCCCCUGCCUUAAGUAUUUGGCAACCCAAUUCAGAGAGGAGUGGGUUUAUAUGAAACAGUCAUGGAGAUUUAUUUGCCUCACUGGGGAAACAUAUGGGCUAUGUGUAUAUCAUCUAAAAAUGCAGUAUAUUUUCCCUUCAGAACCGUUAUUUAUCUUCAUUUGUUAGUGCCUACAGAUUAGGCCAAUCCAUUAAAAGCAAUAUAGACAUUUUUAGUCACAUUACUGAAUAUUUUAAGAAAAGGGGAAGUGCCAAACCAUACAUUUUGCCUUAAUUGUAGCUCAAUAAUACAAAUUACAGUGAACAUAAAACAUUGAUAAGCAUGCAUGGGGCAUUUGACAAGUGGCGUAGGGAGGGAAAUUACGCCUGGGGCAAAAUGGUGCCCGCCCACCCCGUGGCGCUCCCCAGGGCCCCUAGCCCCUCCACUUACCUGAAUUCAGCUGGCUGAAAAAAGCAGCCAGCUGAAAAAGCAGCCUGGUGGGAACUACACUUCCCAAGAGACCUUGCAGCUCAUGUGGGCUGAGCGCUGGGGGUGGGGGGCAAGCGCCAUUUUUUGGCUGGUCCUUGGCACCUUUGGCUGGGCCUUUGGCUGGGCCUGCACCCAUCGGCUGGCCUCCAGCCAUGCUUUCUGGAGAGACGGAGAGCAUGCACACGGCUGGAGGCCAGCCGACAGGCAUGGGCCUCGUCCAAGCUUGGCCCGGGUGCACCUAGACACGCCCUUCCUCCUUCCUGGAAGUGUGGGGGGUGAUUUUUCCGGCCCCCCAUGUGACUCCCAUGGGGUCGUUUGGGGCGUUUGUCCCCAGAUGUUCCCGUGGCAGCUACGCCACUGCAUCUGACAUCCAUGAGUUAACCAGACUGUGGCAGAAAAGUAUAAGUAGGAAAGGUACUAACAUUAGCCUUGUCCAUAGAAUUCGAGAACCAUAUCAUGUGAAGCUGGGAAGAGAUUUAUUUGUUAAAGAGUAUUUAAAAGAACUAUUUAGAGUAUAAGUAAUUGGGCCCCUUCUCUUGCUGAGGGGUGCUAUGAAGGCACAGGGGCCAAAGACUGGCAUAGGAGUAAGACUCUGCUUCCCACAGAAUGGAUGCCACUCAAAGUGUUUUACGAUAUGUCUUGUGUGUCAAACCUGAGCAGGAAGGCGUUUGACUGCUGAACCUUUGCCCAGCCCUAAAAUGUGCCUGGCUACCCUGUUUCCCCGAAAAUAAGACAUCCCUGGAAAAUAAGACGUCGUAGAGGUUUUGCUGAAGUGCUAAAUAUAAAGCAUCCCCCGAAAGUAAGACGUAGCAAAGUUUU